AUGAUUGAUUGGCUCAAAUAUCGAAAUAUCGAUCACUCUGGUUCGAUGCUUAAACCACAACUUUAUCAGUUGAUACUACAAAACAAAGCAAGAUUUGUUGAAUAUAAAAUUGAUCAUUUGCUCCAAGAACAUGGUCACAGCGUUCUACGUCUACCACCCUACCACCCUGAUUUCAAUCCUAUUGAAAAUAUAUGGGCAAUGGUAAAAGGAUACGUAGCUAAAAAAAACGUGUCAAUGAAUAUGGACACUAUAAUGAGAUUAACAAAGGAAAAAGUUGACGCGAUCACUGUACAAGAGUGGAAAAAUGUUUGUGACCGUGCAGGUAAAGAAGAAAAAGCAUUUGAUGGUCAAGACGCCGCUAUCGACGGUUUAUCGGAGCGAUUCAUUAUUAACACAGGCUCUGAUGAGUCAUCAGACGACAGUGAAGAUGAAGAUGCAAUGAGCGGAGAAGAAGAGUUAUAA